AUGUCUCUGGACUCUGCCGAAUUCCAUGCUGAAGUAUACCGCGUCGUCCGCCUCAUCCCGCACGGCAGGGUAACAUCCUAUGGCCACAUAGCAAAGCUGAUCGGUAUGCCUAAUCACUCUCGACACGUCGGACAAGCCCUGAAGUAUCUCGGCGCCGACCUCGAUCCACCUGUGCCAUGGCAACGCGUGAUAGGAUCUUCCGGUACCAUCUCUCCUCGUGGUGAAGGCGGUGCACAGCGGCAACGCGAAGCGCUCGAGGCCGAGGAUGUGGAAGUUCGCGAAGGGCGCACUGGGGAUCUCUUAGUUGACCUCAAAACGUAUGGGUGGUUCCCUAUGCGAGAAGAACUUGACCAAGAAUGA